AUGGCAGAUUGGGCAGAGCUCCACCAAGAUCUUCUCGCUUUCAUUGCGAAACGAAUAGGUCUCUUAGAAGAUUUCAUCUCCUUCGCCCGCGUUUGCAAAUCAUGGUGCUCAGUGGCAGUUAAGCGUAACUUCAACGGCUCUCGACAAACUCCAUGGCUUAUGCUCGCAGGAGAAGAAGAGGAAGAAGCAGAAAACCUCAUCACGUCUGAUUACCGUCGCUUCAUUAGUAUAACAAACGGCGAACUCAUUGGCAGAAUAAUGCUGCCCGAAGCAAAGGGAAAGCGGUGCUUGGAGUCGUUAGGCUGGUUCGUAACCAUAUCCGAAACAGGGGAUAUGAGUCUACUCAAUCCUAUGUCGCGGGUUCAAAUCAGUCUUCCCCAUAUCACUACUUUCAAGAACUACGUAGAAGGCUUGCCAACUAUCUUUAAUAUCGUACAAAAGGCCGUCCUGUCUUCAGUUCCUUCUCCGUCGUCAAAAGACUAUGCUUUGAUGGUCAUUUACGAAGGUUGCCUGUACCCAGGGGCAAUUUUAUGGGCUCGAAGAUGGGGGAAGGAUUUUUGCUUGCGACGUUUGGGAUCUAACCCAACCAAAGCACGUGAGGUUGGACAAAUAGGUGCUCCUAAAUUUAUUGGCCCCAAGCAACUGUACAUAGUCGAGUCACAAGGGGAGCUAUUGAUAGUCGUUCGAGAUGGGUGUGACAUCUCUUUCGCGGAUGAAAAGGAUCACGAGAGUUUUAUGAAAGGCAGCUUGGAGGAAACCUUGUACAAUUUUGAUGAGCCUAGGAUACAUUACGGGGUCCAAGAAUUUCGAGUAUUUAAGGUAGACUUGUUAAGCGAUGGGUGGACAUCGGAGCUGAUACAAAGCUUAGGGGACAAUGCCCUGUUCUUGGGCGACAGUUCUUCCAUAUCUAUCGAAGCAUCCAAAUUCCCUGGAAUUAGGCCUAACUGUAUCUACUACACCGACGAUAAUUGGGAGGCAUACAUUUAUUCCAAGCAAGGAGGGGGAAAAGACACGGGUAUCUACAACUUGGAAGAUAGAAGCAGGACAGCUUUCUAUCAAGGCGUGUCUCGUAGUCGUGUUUGUCCUCCCUUGUGGGUCUCGCCAUCGUUCUGA